AUGGACGGUGGGCGCAAAUCUAAGCAGGGGUUGGCCGUGGCCCUGAUCUUCCGAACCCGCAAACUGGAGGAAGGACAGUGGGCCGAGGAGCAGAGGGAAUAUGAUUCCGACUCCACAGCUAGUGACAUAAGUCACCAAAACGCAAACCCUAUCAUGAGGGAUGACCUCCGUGGCUUGCUGCACGACAUUAAGGCGAACAUGGCAGCAGAAUUCACCAAACACUUGGCACCCCUGCGGGCAGGCCUCACAGACCUCGUGCAACGCACCAGCUCCCUAGAAGACAAGAUGGACGUCGCCUCUUCCAGAGCAAACAGGCUAUUCAAGACCUCAGGGAACAAGUUAAACGACUUGAGGAUGCCCAAGAAGAUCUCAAUAAUAGAUCGAGGCAUAAUAAUAUAAGAAUAAGAGGCAUACCCGAAGCCAUAGAUAUGGAGUCCCUCUCCUCCACCAUCAGGGAGACCUUCUGCAGCCUACUCCCAGAAGCACCCCCAGUUGAACUUCUCCUGGAUCGCGCCCAUAGGGCACUAUGGGCCCCCGUCCCUAGAAUGACACGGCCGCGGGAUGUGAUAGUGCGGCUCCAUUAUUACCACAUCAAGGAGGCCAUCAUGAGAGCCGCACGAGAUACACCCCUCCAAAUAGAGGGACACCAGGUCCUAUUCUUCCAGGACCUGGCCCCUAGCACCCUACGAAAGCGAAGAGAGCUGCGACCACUUACCCAGGCACUCACACGGAGACGGAUCCGUUAUGCGUGGGGGCACCCUUUCAAACUUAAGGUGCGAAGAAACAAUCAAACGUAUAUACUUCACGACAUCGCAGAAGCACGCAGUUUUGCAGAGAGGCUGGGCAUACCCCUCGUAGACGCCAACAACAGUGAGGUGCUCAACAUGGCCCAGACUUCGCCAAACCGAAGAGUCGAAACGGACCACCAAAAACGCCACCCACCCACGGGAGAUCCGAACCCUGAUAACCGAGAUUAACCACCGCUUGCCAGCAGACCAACACCGCACGUCCAGAUCAACAAGACUUCGGUGUCCCGACAUGGACUAUACCCGCUCACGUACCCAAGGACAUUGA